GCCCCCUUUCCACUUUCAGGCGCCUCUCGAUUUCGGACCCUUUCGCCCCGCAAAAUCAAUCGACCCCCAAAAAAAAAAAUCGAACAAAAAAAUUUAGGGUUUAUCAGUCCGGUCGAUGCCUGCUCAAUGGAACAGUCUUCGCUCCUGAGCUGCUCCGACGUCCGUUCCCGGCUCGGGCUCCGCCGUCGCCGCCGCCGUUGUCGGUAGGGUUUUUCCCUCUCCUGCUCUCUUCCCCCCCCGGGCCGGUCUUCCGUCUUUCGCUUCCGGCGGGAUGGCGAGCGCGGACCCGGAGCAUCUGCAGGCGCGCGGGCCGACGAGGGCCGAGGACGACGACGACGACGACGAGCUCGAGAACGGCGGCGGCGGCGGCGGCGGAACCGAUGACUUUGCCGACGAAGUGGAGGAGGCCGGUCGGGGUUAUGUGGAUUCCGUGGGGGACUACGAGCACCGGCGUCGUCGCGGUAGUAGCGCUGGUGUUGGUGCGGGAGGAGGUGGGGUGGCGCCUUCGAGGACGAGCGAGCUCACGCUCUCUUUCGAAGGGGAAGUGUACGUGUUCCCUGAUGUUUCGCAUGAAAAGGUGCAGGCAGUGCUUUUGCUUCUAGGAGGACGUGAUAUACCAACUGCUGUGCCUACAUUUGAAGUUCCUUAUGCUCAAAGUACUAUGGAUGUGGUUGACAUGUCAAAGCGGUCUAAUCUUUCCAGAAGAAUAGCCUCUCUGGUUAGGUUUCGGGAGAAGCGCAAGGAGAGAUGUUUUGACAAGAAGAUUAGGUAUACUGUGCGAAAAGAGGUUGCCCAGAGGAUGCAUCGGAAAAAUGGGCAGUUUGCUUCAAUAAAAGAAGGUUCAGGUGCUGGUAGUUUGGAUUUAGCUCAAAGUUGUCACCAGGAUGGUACUCCCCCUCCUGAAACUGUUGCCCGAAGAUGUCAACACUGUGGUGUUAGUGAAAAUGCAACUCCUGCUAUGCGUCGUGGACCAGCUGGACCAAGGACUUUAUGUAAUGCCUGUGGUUUAAUGUGGGCGAAUAAGGGAACAUUGAGGGAUCUCAGCAAGGGAGGAAGAAAUCUUUCUCUAGACCAAACUGAAUUGGGAACCCCAGAUGUCAAGCCUUUGAUUAUCGAUGGUCAACAUUUCUCUAGCAAUAAGGAUGAUCUUUCCAUGCAGGGAAUUUCUGGAGAGACUUCUACGUCUGACAUUAAAAGAUUAUCUGAUCCUUCAAUCAACCCCGGUGGUGAAGUAGACAAUCAAAUGGACUUUCAUGGAACUGCUGCUGAUCUGACAAGCACGUUGCCCAUGAAUAUCAUGCAUUCUUCAGCUGAUGAUGAUGAGCAGGUGUUUGAAUUGCAGGGAACUCUGGUUGAGCUCGCUAAUCCAUCAGAUACAGACAUCGAUAUUCCUGCUAACUUUGAUUAGAAGCUUAAAGUUACCUUGUCUUUGUAAAAGAAUGGUGAAUCCUAGAAGCUGUGCUUGUGACCACCAUGCCAUCAAAUCUUGUGAGCUGAGGGUGAUACUCUUGUUAACUCUAGCCAUGAUUAAUUUUAAACCUAUUGUAUGUAUGAAAACUAAGAUAGCGUGAGUGCAUCCUACCAGCCUAUUCUCUGUAAUUUGCCUUUCAGGGCUGUUGUUAAGGCAUGUGUUAGUAUUUGUGAUUAACAUAGCUUGACAUUGACAUGUGCUGCAUGGGUAGUAGCUCUCUUGAGGGAUCCCCCAAUGUAAAUCUAAAGAAGAAGCAGCACUUCGGUAAUCAAUAUCAAGGUUCAUUCAUCUUAAGAUCA